CAGGCUCUCAACCAGCAUUUUCACUUGUUUGUUUGCAAGUUUCAUUUUUUUUUUCUCUCUCUUUUUAAGUACAAAAGGUAGGGGCGAUUAGUUAUGGCUGCGGUAGUUUCAAUGCUGUUGGCCAUCUUUUCCAUGGCUUUUUUCACUGUUCAAGCUCAAGACUUUGCCCCUGCCCCUGCCCCUACUAGUGACGGAAUAUCGAUAGAUCAAGGGAUUGCUUAUGUGUUAAUGCUGGUGGCUUUAGUUCUAACAUAUCUCAUCCACCCUAUGGAUGCUUCUUCCUACAAAUUGUUCUAAAUUUAAUUUCUCAUUUACAAUUAUGUUUCAUUUGGGACAAUGGUUGUAAUUUUUAAUCAUUCUUCAUAUGCAUUUAUUUAAUUAAUCCA